AUACAGAUCAUUGCCCACCAGCUCCCGUCGGUCUUCUCACACGGUCACGCACGCCCUGAUUACGAUCAUCUGGUCCGUGUAAAAUCUCAAUACGCAUGAUGGAUGUCAAAGAGAUUGAGUUGAAGUCCAAAGCCCUUACAAAGGCUGCUACGUCAAAUGAACCUUCAGCCAACAUCAUCGCUCUUCUGAAGGACCUACAAAAGGGUGUUCGCCCGACAGAGGAUCUGUUGCGAUCCACUCGCGUCGGUAUUAUCGUCAAUAAGUUGAAGCAGCACAAGUCACCAGAUGUCGCGCGCCUCUCCAGUGAAAUCGUCUCCAAAUGGAGGAACGAAGUCAACAAGCAGAAAGCCAGUGGAUCACCGGCAGCUAGUCAGCGAGCGAGCGGAUCUCCCCGGCCGGCUACCAACGGCGCAGCGUCACCUGCUGCUGCUACGCCGAGUGACAAAACCUCGAAGCUUUCUGUGCCUCCCGAUAAGAGAACCUGGAAAGCGGACGGUGUCGACAUCAAUCAUACCUCGAAUAAGGUCCGCGAUAGCUGUAUUGGCCUGAUGUAUGAUGGGCUCUGUCUUCACUCGACUGAGACACCGCGUGCAGUCCUUCAAAAAGCGGUGGCGGUCGAGGCUGCGACAUACACCUAUCUCGGCCCUGAGACCAAAGAGCAGUACCGGACCAAGAUUCGCAGUCUCUAUCAGAAUCUGAAGAACAAGUCGAACCCCACUCUGCGGGUGCGUGUCCUCACGAACGAAGUAACGCCCGAUGAAUUUGUCCGUCUGAGCCACGAUGAGCUUAAGUCGGCGGAACAACGCGAACAGGAACGCAGGAUCCAGAAGGAGAACAUGGACAAGGCCAUGGUUGCGCAGGCGGAGCGCAGCAUUAGUACGAGUCUUCAGUGCGGCAAAUGUGGACAGCGCAAGGUCACCUACACAGAGGCGCAGACAAGAAGUGCGGAUGAACCGAUGACGUUGUUCUGUACUUGUAUGAACUGCGGAAAGUCAUGGAAGCAGUAGAGACUCUUCGUCAUCUCGUUACUUUGUUGCUUUCCCUUUCGAUUCCAUUAUUCCAGCUUUAAGCUUUCGAGACUACUGCCAUCUCGGAUAUGAUGGAGUUCUUGGGUUUUAUUUUCCACGAAAUUGUGUUUGUUUUAUGCGGU